GGGCCAGUGUAUUCUCAACACCUGACUGCACAGACGUACGCCAUUGUAGGCUUUUAUAGCUGUCCAAGCGUACUGGUUUUAAAAUUCGUAGCGAAUGGAUGUUUGUCUUCGGAUUAUGGUGCUCGAAAAUAUUGAUCUAAAAAAAUGGCUAGAUAUCCACAGCACUUCCAAACAGAGCCGUCACGCCAUGACACUAUGGACUUUUAACCGGAGUACCUUAAGUCGUGACAUAUACAAUACAAAGUGAUAAUACUUCUUAUUAGUGGAUUUGUUUUCGAUAUUGAUUUGGGAUCUAUGAUAUGAUUGAUUAACAAUGAAGACAUUGUGACCCUCGGAAAAUGUGAAUCCCUGGUAGGCCGAAGUAUACCAGCAUCACCGUGGGCUGUUAUAUAUACAGUAAUAAUUUCUUCAUGAAGCAUUUCUAGCCAGAAAAAAAAUGUUUCCAUCCAUUAAUUCCUUUGUAAGGAGGCUGAAAACCAGAUAUUGCCAUGUCCGGGAAGUGAAGAUUUCGACAUUAUGGAAACUGACGGGCUUGUUUGUUGUGACGUCACUCUUCUUCAUGCAAAAAUCCAUCAAUUCAAAUCCCAAACAAAUUGUGUUCACGUGGUCAAACAACGACAUAAAAAAGGCAUUACUCAAAGAAAAGUUUAAAGAAACACUAUCGCCGCUGGAGCCCUGCGAGAAUGACGGGGAGUCUGUUUUUAUGUUGGUUAUGGUCAACAGCGAAGUCUCUAAUUUCAAACACCGUAAUGCAAUACGAGAAUCGUGGGGUUCUGUGUCAAAAGUGGACAAGAGUGUUCGAUUGAUAUUCGUGAUAGGAAAAACUCAAGAUCCGGUUGUUCGGGAAAGUAUCAAUCUUGAGAAAGCCGUCUUCAACGACAUCUUAGACACAAACGUAACGGAGGCUUAUGAUAAAUUGACUUAUAAAUCUAUAGCAAUUUUAAAAUGGGCACAUACCCACUGUAGCAAAACGAAAUACCUUAUAAAGGUUGACGAUGAUAUAUUUUUUAAUAUACAUAGGCUUAUGUCAGAACUUGAAAAAUGGAAUCCAAAAAAUUCUGUUAUUGGAUGUGAAGAGAGCAAAAAUGCCCCUGUGAGAUUCUUUUUAUUCAAAUGGCACGUGACUAGAGAGCAGUACAGUGCUGACACCUACCCUGUAUAUAUAACAGGGCCCGCCUAUCUCAUUACGGGGGAUAUCAUAUCCAAACUUUACCGUGCUUCAUUUGAUGUUCCGUAUUUUUUCAUUGAGGAUAUUUUCGUAGCAGGACUUUGCAGGGAAAAAAUUGGAGCGAAAGUUGUUGGACAUAAAGAGUUUUCCUGUAGUUAUCGAGAUAGGGGGCCCUGUGGGAUAUCCUUCCAGGAAUUCAUAGUCGGCCAUCAUUACUACCCAGAGGAAAUGGUCCGGAUGUGGCAUGAAUUAAAUAAUCCGUCAGCCCAGUGUCGGCUUGUAGAUUAUUACUGGAUAGCAACUAUAAUUGAUAUAUUGAAAGGAUUGAUGCCAUUUUAACGUAGGCGUAUAUACUCAGAAAAGCUCAAGUUGCAUUUUCGAAAUUUUUUUUUCAAAUAAUCAAUUUUGAUUACCUGAGGAAUUUUAAAUGGAUGCUGAUUACCUCUUAUUUUACCCAAAUUAUCGAAGCUUUCUUUUUUAAAUUUAGCAAUUGUUUGUUAUGAAUUUGUAUGGUCACUUCCUUAUAGAAAAAAAAAAAGAAAUGCACCCCUUUGCACAUCUGCAAUAGAUUUUUUAUUCUCCCUAAGAAGCAUAGAGUCAGUAAAUUUUUAACAAAUAGUUUAUAUAUUGCACAAGUUAAUUGGGUCUGUGAUAUCAUUUUGUAUGUGUAAUAAGAUUUUCCGGAAAGUUGUUUUGAGUUUUUCUGUGGGCUUUGUCACUUAUUUGUUUCCUUUCUCUUAACGUUCUGAAAAAUGUUGAAAAACGGUACUCAGUUUACUCAUCAAGUUAAAAUAUUUCAGAUAGUAACAAAUUUUGAACACAAUAAAAUACCUGCACUUGUUUUUACAAUCCUCUGAAGCUGUUAGACACGGAAGAGCUCAAUGUCUUUGGGAUUUUAUUUUGCUUUUAGGAUGUUAGAGUUACACGAAGGAAGGGAUGUGAACAGAUUUAGAUAGCGCUGUUUGCCGAAGGGUAAACAUGUAUAGUUCUGCGUACAGCAUGCAAAUCAAGAAUUAGAUGUUUGAAUCUUGUCAAACCGAGAAAUUUCAAAAUUUUAAACGUAUUUCAGUUCGUUACUUUCGUCAUUUUGAUACGCAAGAGCAUGCUUUACAUACGGAAAUUUCUAUUGCACGUAACUUACAAAUACGUUGAAUUACAAGAGCUCACAAUCUCCGAAUCUCGAUUGCCGAACUGUACACCUUCGUUCCUUUGCUCUGUGAUAUUUAAGUAGAUUUGGAGAAUAUAUUCUCAUACCAAAAGUUCUAGGGGAUUGGGUUUAAUAUUCAUAUGGAUUUUCGCAUUUACAAAUUUAAAGCAUUA